AAGUGAGAUGGACAGGCAUCAAAAUAUCUCAUUGGAGAUGCUUCUGAAGCUGGUCAGAGUAUUUGGGUCAGUAAUAUAUUCUUCUAUAUCAGCACCUUCAUCCGUAGGAGUGGAUAUUGAGGCAGAGCAAAGGUUGGAACGCUGCAAUACAUGCUUUGUUGAGCUUGAAAAGGUUAAGCGUUGCUUGCCUGUACUUUGCAGAAGAGGUGGUUCAAUUGCCAAGUCGGCACACGAGUUAAAUCUAGCACUUCAAGAAGUUUAGUUUCAUGAGGAAAGUGUGUAUUGAUUGAGUAGUUUAGUUGCAAAUAUUGGAUUGACACCUAACAUGUUUCUCCAAGAAGACUGUGGGACUUGAUCGCAGUCGUGCCAAGUGGAGGCUGCUAAUUCAUUCAUUUAACUCAAGGUUGAAAGCUGAGUGAGAAAUGGCCUUUUGCUUUCAUCUGCUUGAACAGAUAUUGCGCCCCAUCAACUUG